AUGAUGGAAUUGAAAUUGCAUUCCCCCGCUGGGGCUGAUCCCGUAUUAUAUACCUGGCCGUUAACCUCUGGUCGAGGAAACGACAAACAUGAUGGGGCCAUAGAAAUUGUGGAAACCAUCAGAUGGGUUUGCGAGGAUCUGCCAGAACUAAAACUGCCAUUAGAAAACAACAUUCUCUGUGAUUAUGAUACUAGAAGCUACGAGAGCAUGAAAUCAUUAUGUGAUAGGUUCAAUAGAGCCAUUGAUAGUGUUGUUGCUUUGGAAAAAGGCACCUCCCUGCCGGCGCACAGGAUCAGCAAGUACCCGUCCCGCGGCCUCCUGAGGCACAUCCUGCAGCAGACCUACAACGCCGCAGUUACCGACCCCGAGAAGCUCAAUCAGUACGAGCCGUUCUCCCCCGAGGUGUACGGCGAGACUUCGUACGAUUUGGUGUCGCAGAUGAUCGACCAGAUCGAGAUCACGGCGGACGACGUCUUCAUCGAUCUAGGUUCGGGGGUGGGGCAGGUGGUGCUGCAGAUGGCGGCCGCCACCCCGUGCAAGAUAUGUUUGGGGAUCGAGCGAGCAGAGGUGCCGAGCAGGUACGCCGACAGCAUGAACAAGAACUUCCGCACGUGGAUGCAAUGGUACGGCAAAAAGUACGGGGAAUACAAGCUGCUCAGAGGCGAUUUUUUGACGGAGGAGCACAGAGAGAAGAUCAACCAGGCGACCAUCGUGUUCGUGAAUAAUUUCGCUUUCGGACCGUCCGUCGAUCACCAGUUGAAGGAGAGGUUCGCCGAUCUGAAAGAUGGCGCUAGGAUCGUGUCUUCAAAAAGUUUCUGUCCGCUGAAUUUCCGGAUCACCGAUAGGAAUCUGAGCGACAUCGGGACCAUCAUGCACGUGUCGGAGAUGUCGCCUUUGCGGGGCUCGGUCUCCUGGACGGGGAAGCCGGUUUCUUACUAUCUGCACAUCAUCGAUCGUACCAAGUUGGAGCGGUACUUCCAGAGGUUGAAGAAACCCCAGAUCAAGAAUGGGGACGAUGAUAGUACAACGAGUAGCAGUAGGGGUGCGAGGGACAGGGCAAAGAGAGAUCUGUCAAAGCAGCUAGCGAUCGAUUCUUCUUCUGAGAGCGAAUUCGAGGACCAGGACAGCAAUUACGGACCAGCCACUAGGAAAUUAUGGUCAGAUUUUGGCUCUAUGAAGGGUAAAAGUAGUCCGUCCGAAGAAGAAACCUCUAAUUCGAAGAGCAAAAGGCAGCCGAAGAAGCUGAGACGCAAAGUGAACCGACCGGCGGGCAAGAACCAGCCGCCCGAGAAACCGCUGAUGCAGAAGCCGGCACCGAAGGCCCGCAGGGGGCGCGUCAAGAAGGCCAAGACGAAGAAGCAGAUCAAGAUCAACGGGCUCGAUUUGCUGCACAACGAGACGCUGCUGAGCACGUCGCCGCAGGCGGCCGGCAAGAAGCCGCCUCCGGCGCCGGGGUGCGUCGAUCAGAAGCUGACGUCGCUCAGUUCUGAGCUGAUCGUGCACAACGAGCUGGAUAUACCGGAGCAACCUUCGGACACGCCUUAUGGGCUACAGGUACUCCUGGACAUGUUCAAGGGUCACUACAUGCAGAUGAUAAACCAAAUGAAGAACCCCAUGUACAAAUCCUUGGUGGACACCCAGAUCGAGGAGGAGCGAGAAAGGAACAAGCGAUUGAAAAAUCGUGCCGCGCAGCUGGAAAAACAAAUAAAAGUGCUCAUCGAUGACAGUGUGGCUCUACUGAAAGCGCGAAUGAGCGAGCUAGGAAUAAACGCCACUUCCCCCGUCGACUUGCUAGCGAAGGCGAAGGAAAUCGUCUGCAGGCAUAAGGAGCUGCAAGCUAAAGCUAGCAAGCUGCAGGGCCAAGUAGCGAAUCUGGAAAGCGAGAAGGAUCACCUGGUACUGCAACGGCAAUCGGAAGUCUGCGAAAAGUACGUCGGGCCUAACGCCGGCCACGAGCUGUCUCCCAGCGUAGCUCAGGAAUACAUACUCAGAGAAAUAUCUUCGACUCUGACGCACAGGAAGAAAUUGCAGAACGAAGUGUCGAAGCUAGAAGGAGAUAUAGUGAAUUUGCAGAAGACCGGCGAGGAUAGGAAGCAAGCUCAAGCUCUGGCGGCCAGGCAGCAACAGCAGCCGGCGAAAGCGUCCAGGAAAUCCAGAGAGUACAGGGCCAGGUCCCAGGAUUGGCCUGACGUGCCGGACAUCGCCAAAAUCGAGGAACAAAACCCGGAAAUCCUAGCUCAGAAGAUCCUGGAGACGGGCAGGAAAAUAGAGGCCAGCAAGAUGUCGGCCAUCAAUAACAAAGUGCCUCAAGUCGUCGCCUCGGCGAAAACCUUCCCGACCGGUCAGAAACCUCUGGUACGCAAUAACAUGCCGGCGCCCCUGCCCAUGACGAAGAGACAGAAGACCUCCCACAGCUACCCCACCGCUAACCUGGCUGCCAUUCCUGCUAAUAUUAUAAAUGUGAAUGGCUUCAACGCGAGCGAAGCCGCCGGUAAAAGCUUACCGAACAAUGUGGUCGCUAGCGCGAAGGCGCAGGAGCCCCCGCGUCUGCCGAACUUCGAAGACCGGCUGAAGAGCAUCAUCACCUCGGUGCUGAACGAGGACGUGCAGAACAGGACGAAGCAGGCGCAGGCGCCGCUGCUGCAGUACGGCCAGCCGAACGUGAACGGUGGUACGCAGCAGCAAGCAGCGACUUACGGAGCUCACGGCUACGGUUAUCAGAACAGCUUCGUCCAGCCGAAGCAGGAGGACAAGCACAGGAAGUAUCCUCAAAGCAAGUACUCCCCGCGCUGCGAGACCGUCGUGCGACAGACCGACGACCAGCGGCCGCGACCGCCGCAAGAGGGCCUCGCCGGCAUGAUGGAGGGCUACAGAGAGGAGAUCCCGAGGGGGCCCGCUCAAGCGGUGGCGCCUCGCCAGCCGAGCGCCGAGAGGCCCGACUACACGCAAGUGUCGCCCGCCAAGCUGGCGCUGAGGCGGCACUUGUCACAGGAGCGGCUGGCUCACCAGCAGACGCCGUACGGCGGCGGCGAGGGGUUGGUGGCGACGAGGACGAUCGGGGAUCUCAUGUCAGGUGAAAUCGAGAGAACCCUCGAAAUAUCCAACCAGUCAAUAAUAAAUGCAGCAGUUGAUAUGAGUGAUAUUCAAGGUACUGCCACGCUGACAUCCAGGUCGGUAGUCAAUGCGAAUUUACCUCCCCGUCCAGAGCGAGUUAACGUCAAAGUGCCUAAUCCCGAGACCCCGCCCACCCCCAAAGAAGUCGAGCCGAUGCGCCAGCAGGUGUACAGCCCCAUUUCCAGGCCCUCCUCUGCCGAGGGGUUGGAGGGACUGGCCUUCAUGCAUUCGCACGUCAAGCAAUACAUAACGCCCCCGCAGCCGAGCCCCAGACAGCAGUACUCGCCGCGCACGACCGUCCUCUAUCCGGCGCAGGCGCGGCCGAACCCGCCGACCUCGGCGUACGCGGCCGGCGAGAUGUACACGCCGCUGCCCAGGGCGGACAUCAAGCCCUACCACGAGAGUUAUUUCAGCGACGUGAAGCCGCCCGGGCAGGAGCACGAGCCGAGGAACAACUUCGUGGCUGAAGGUCUGGCGGCCAGCCUGCAGGCUCGCGCACUCGCCCCGCCCAUCAAGGAGGAGGUCGACCUCUACGACCGCCGGCACGCCCCUUAUACGCACCCGCCCUAUCAGGAGCCGAGCCCAACCGUGAAGGCGGAGUCGGACGGCCCCGCCCCGUACCAGCGUGACCCGCCCCUCAUCCAAAGCGUGAAGCGUGGUGGCGCUGGCUACAGGCGGGGCGGGUACGUGGUAGGGGGGCGGGGCUCUCCCGAGGAGCCGCCGCUGUUAACGGAGGAGGGGCACCACGAGCGCAGCAGGAAGGGGAACGAGGAAGAUGUCGAUGCAGUGGAAGAAGACGCAGAAGAGUCCAAAUGGCAGGACAGGAUCUCCUCGGGCUUCGACCGGCUGGUGGCGUUCGCGUCGACCGAACUCGACAAGAGGCGGCGCUCCACCGAAGGCAACGACAGCUGCAACACCUCCCCCGAUUCGGGCAUAGGCCACGGCGAUCCGCCCCCCGUUUCUGCGCCUCUCCCUUCAAAGCAGCACCUCAAGCUGCACCCCAACGCGAAGCCCACCCUGUUCAAGAUGCCGCCCAGCAAGGCCUAUCUCGAGUCGCCCCCGAUCCCGGACCAAGGGGAAGAAACGGGCCCGCCGCGCACGCCUUCUCCCACCUCGCCCGUGCCCGCCAAAGACGGGCUGGCGAUCAACUUCAGUCCCGAGCCUGCGCACUCGGAGAAGAGCCCGACGCGGGUCAAUCCGGCGCUGCUGAAGUACCAGCGGUAUCCGGAGGAGAAGAAGAGGCCGGACGCGCACUUCAAGAAGAAGUUCUAUUAUCGGGAGCAAUGGCGGGACGACGGGUGGUCGAAGGGCGAGGAGAUGCCGAAGGAUAAGUUCAGGCCGAAGGGUAAGGAUUGGGAUUGGAACAAGGAGCAGCAGAACGAUUUGCAUCAUCUGGUGGGGGACGAGUGGGGCAGGUCGCGCGAGCACUUCAACUGGAAGAAUUGACGCCGUUUUCACUGUUUCUAUGGCAGUUGGCGUGGGGAUUUGGAGUUCUUUUAACGUUGUAUGGGUAGGAUAGAACCACCCAAUGGCUGUCAUGAUAUAUUUCGAUUUGCACCUACUCGAUAUUUUAUUUUGAAAAUUCUCAAUUAAGUUGACUAUUACUGAUUUUAUUUCAAUUGAUUUUGUUUUCAUUUCGUGGGUUGUUUUUUUGAUUUUCUUCUUUUUGUUCCUUGAUGAAAAGACUUGUUUAUGAGUGCGUUUUAAAGAUAUCAUGAUGGUUCCAAACAU